UAGUGUAGUCUGUAAUUGCGUUCUCCCUCAGUCUUGCUUGUCGAUCUCACACUGUCACUUGCUCAGUUGCUUUCCUUUACUUCCUCAAGUAACGGUCACUUUUCCUCUGCAUCCCCGUUCGGCCUCCCAUCUUCCACAAUUAAUAUAUUAGCUUACCAAAACAAACGGCUAUAAUAUUAUUCCCCUCCUCAGCUCCUCUCUCGAUUUCUCCGUCUCUCUCAAACCCAGAAGCAAACGCCAAUUUCAUUACCUCUCUCUCUCUCUCUCUCUCUCAAAAUGCACAAAAACAUCGCUUUCUCUAUCAUCCUCUCACUCGCCCUCUUCUGCCUUUUGAUCCUGCCUUCCACGGCCAAGGACGGCGUGGUUACGACCGAGCUGUGGUGCGUGGCCAAGAACAACGCGGAGGACGCCCCCCUGCUGACGGCGCUGAACUGGGUGUGCGGGCCUGGUGGGGCCGACUGCAGCCCAAUCCAGCAAGGUGGGCCCUGCUACGACCCCGCCGACAUCCAGAACACUGCCUCCUACGCUUUCAACGACUACUUUCUGAAACACGGCAUGACCGACGAUAGUUGCAACUUUGAUAACACUGCCGCACUCACUUCUCUGAAUCCCAGUCAUGAUAAGUGCAAAUUCCCAUCCAGCUUAUCAGCGAGCAAUGCAAGCAUCUCCAGUCCAUCAACAGCAUAUGGAAAUGGAAUGGGACCUAGUGAAAAUUUGAACGGCAGCAAUAAGAUUUCUGAGCAAUGGAUUUGGCCCCUCGUUACCAGUUUUCUGGUCAUUGCAUAUAAUACAUGGGCAAUGGGUUAGCGAGCAAGCGAGCACUUGCUCGCGUUUUCCCUGGAAUAUUUUUGUUAACGAUCUAGCCUAGGACAAGGUUAAGUCUGUAUGGAGUGGCUAAAUUGCUCUCGAUUUUGUUAUCUGUACGAAGCUCAAGCUUUGUAAUCAGUGGCGAAGCCAGGAUUUCU